GCUUGGCUUCAGCUCCUGAACAUAUCAGUUGCCGUGGCGGGGUCUGAGGGAGGGAGAGAGCAGCGGCUGGACCGUCGGCGCGUCGUCUCGGCUGCUUCUCAGCGCGCAUCGCAUCCCAUGUUUCUGUAGAAAUACCGUAGGAACGGCUCACGCGUGCGAAUCGUGCAUGCCAGGAGCGGAGGACCCUGUCGCCGGCGUACGGCACCUUCUCGCCUUUUUCAUUUUUCACCCCGAUGAUACACUAAUUAUUAAGAGGCAUGUGGAAUUCUAUAAGGAUUACGAAUAGCGUUUUAUCCGUGUGUCUUGUGCUGACGUUAUGGAGUAAGGUGUCCUGGGGCUCGGGCUCCUUCGAGCUGCAGCUCAUCUCCGUGCAGAACGUGAACGGCGAGCUGUCGGACGGCAGCUGCUGCGACGGCGCCCGGGACCCCGCCGACCUGCGCUGCGCCCGGGACCCCUGCGACACCUACUUCCGAGUCUGUCUGAAGGAAUAUCAAACGAAGGUCACGACCACCGGCCCCUGCACCUACGGGAGCGGCUCCACGGGCGUACUGGGUGGGAAUAGUUUUCACUUCAAGAUCUCCAGGAACGGCCAGAGUGGUCUGAGCGAUGCUGGCAAGAUCACGAUUCCUUUCCAGUUCGCUUGGCCGCGGGCAUACACUCUCAUUCUGGAGGCCUGGGACUGGGACAACAACACAGUGACAGCAUGGCCCAACAAUGUCUUGCGUGGGGCAGGUGAAGAACUGCUGAUCGAGCGGAGCAUCCGUAAGGGCGUGAUCAACCCCGGAGACGGGGGUCGGACCAUCCACCACAACGGGCCCGUAGCUAGCUUCGAGUACAGCAUCAACGUGCGCUGCGAUGACAACUACUACGGCCACAAGUGCAACAAGCAGUGCCGACCACGGGAUGACUACUUUGGGCACUAUGUGUGUGACCAGUUUGGCAACCAAGUCUGCAUGGAGGGCUGGAUGGGGCAGGACUGUCGAACGGCAAUCUGCAAACAAGGCUGCAACCUGCUGUAUGGGACAUGCAGCACUCCCGGGACAUGCACGUGUAGAUAUGGUUGGCAGGGGCAGUUCUGCGAUGAGUGCCAGCCCUAUCCGGGAUGCGUCCAUGGGACCUGCGUCAAACCUUGGGAGUGCAAGUGUGAGAAGAACUGGGGAGGGCUGCUGUGUAAUAAAGAUCUGAAUUACUGUGGGACGCACCAGCCUUGUGUGAACGGAGGGACCUGUAUGAACACAGAGCCAGACGAGUACAACUGUGCCUGUCCCAACGGUUACUCUGGCAAGAACUGUGAAAUCGCAGAGCAUGCUUGUGUUUCCAACCCAUGCGCCAACAAAGGAACCUGCCACGAGGUGCCUGAUGGAUUUGAGUGCCACUGCCCACCAGGAUGGAGUGGCAUCACUUGUGCCAUAGACACAGAUGAGUGCGCCUCCAACCCUUGUGCCCAGGGCGGCACCUGUAUUGAUCGUGAAAACGGGUUCGAGUGCAUAUGUCCCCCACAGUGGGCUGGAAAGACCUGCCAGAUAGAUGCUAAUGAGUGUGUGGAGGGGAAACCUUGCCUAAAUGCUUACUCUUGCAAAAACUUUAUUGGUGGAUAUCAUUGCUACUGCUUUCCAGAAUGGACCGGACAAAACUGUGAUAUAAACAUCAAUAGCUGCCAUGGACAGUGUCAGAAUGGUGCCACCUGCAAGGAGGGUCCUAAAGGGUACCAGUGCCUGUGCCCACCAGGCUUUGUGGGUAAACAUUGUGAGAUCCAGAGGAACAAGUGUGCCAGCCUUCCCUGCCAAAAUGGUGGGCACUGCCACACCCUGUUGGACAGCUUUGUGUGCGACUGUCCGGUAGGCUACUCUGGCACCAUGUGUGAGGUGCGGAGUAAUCCCUGCAGUCCAAACCCUUGCCAGAACAAGGCUGUCUGUCACAGUCUUCUAGAUGACUACUACUGUGCCUGUCCUGAGGCGUAUGAGGGGAAGAACUGUUCCAGCCUGAAGGACCACUGUAAAACCACACCUUGUGAAGUGAUUGACAGCUGCACCAUUGCUGUGGCAACCAACACCACAGAGGAGGGGGUGUGGCAUAUUUCAUCCAACGUGUGUGGUCCCCGUGGUCGCUGCAUCAGCCAGCCAGCUGGCAACUUCACCUGUGCCUGCGAGCACGGCUUUACUGGGACCUACUGCCACGAGAACAUCAAUGAUUGCCUGUCGAACCCCUGCCAGAAUGGAGGCACCUGUAUCGAUGGCAUUAAUUCCUUUCAGUGCUUCUGUCCUGAUGGCUGGGAGGGAGAUCUGUGUAGCCUUGAUGUGAAUGAGUGUAGUCGCAACCCUUGCAAGAACGGUGGACACUGUGUGGACCUGGUCAAUGAUUUUUACUGCAAGUGUGCUGAUGGCUGGAAGGGCAAGACAUGCCAUUCACGUGAAAAUCAGUGCGAUGUCAGUACUUGCAGUAAUGGAGGUACAUGCUAUGACCAUGGUGACACCUUCCACUGCGUCUGUCCCCCAGGAUGGACCGGCAGCACCUGCAAUACAGCCAAGAACAACACCUGUGCAUCUGGACCCUGUCAGAAUGGUGGUACCUGUGUUGGAGGAGGUGAUGCCUUCACAUGCAUAUGCAAGGAUGGCUGGGAGGGACCCACUUGUGCACAAAAUACCAAUGACUGCAACCCACAUCCAUGCUACAAUGGUGGCAUCUGUGUGGAUGGGGUCAACUGGUUCCGCUGCGAAUGCGCUCCUGGAUUUGCAGGCCCGGACUGCCGGAUCAACAUUGAUGAGUGCCAGUCUUCACCUUGUACUUAUGGUGCCACCUGUGUGGAUGAGAUCAAUGGGGUACGCUGCAUAUGUCCCCCUGGCCGAGCCGGGCCUCGCUGCGAGGAAUUUGUAGGCCUUGGGAAAGCUUGUCGGUACUUGGACCUGCAGUAUCCACACGGCAGUCAGUGGGAUGAGGAGUGCAAUACCUGCCAUUGCAUCAAUGGAGAUGUCAAGUGCACUAAGGUGCUCUGUGGUCGUCUGCCAUGCCUUCUACAGACCGCCCAGGGGCAUGAGCAGUCCCACUGCCCCAGGGGACAGGAGUGCCAACAGCAUCAGUUUCUGACCUGUUUCUCACCCCCGUGCCACCACUGGGGCAUCUGCUCCUCAUCUGACCCCCCAGCCCCCAUAGACACAAAGUGUGAGCCUAGGAGUGAUCACUUGGACAGCAGCUGCGUUAGGAUCACACUCAUCUUCAGCAAGGACAAGGUUCCUGUGGGCACCACUGUUGAGAACAUCUGCACAGAGCUGAGGUAUCUGCCAGCAACUCGUACCGUGGCAAGAGAGCACUCCCUCUUGGUGCUGUGUGACCUCUCCUAUUCCAAUCCUGAUGCUGUGGAGGUGGCCAUAUCCUUCCAGAACGAGCAGGACCACACCCCAAUCCAGGAAGUGGCCAGCACCAUUGUAAACGAACUGUCAAAGCGCCACAACAGCACCAUCAUGCUGGCUAUCGUGGAGGUCAAGGUGGAGACCCAAGUCAUGUCCCCGUCAGUUGACUACUUGGUGCCUCUGUUGUGCGUGCUCUUCUGCGUACUCUGGCUCUUCUGCAUCGCCAUUUGCAUCUGGUGGACCCGCAAGCGAAGAAAAGAGCGUGAGAGGCGGCGCCGAGCACCAGUGGAGGAAAGUGUUAACAACCAGUGGGAGGUGCUGAGGCCUGUGGCACGCCCACGCUCCAGAGACAACCGCGAUGCUCCACAAGAGUGCCAGAAGCUCAUGCUCUCCCAUGAUAGGACUUGUGAUGGGGUGGCAUCUGAGGGGGAGGAGCUGGAGACGGGGGGGAUGGAAGUGGACAAGUGUCCCCCCCUUAAAUACUCAAAAACUGCCAUGCAGGCUGUCUACUCAGCCCGAAGCCCCCCUCUCAAAGGACCUCACCGGACGGCCCAUAGCCCCAAAGACAACCGUUACAAAAACAUCAAUGAUUCCAAAGGCAGCGAGGGGGUCAAAGACCACUAUGUAUGAACCAGCAUUAAGAGGGGAAUGCUCCAUAUUAUUUUCAAAGUAAUUUUUAUUUUUUUUCCUCUUUGUAAAUUAUUUGAAGCUCUGUGGGAAAAGCUCAGAAGACUGCUUUUGAUAUUCACGUUAUUUUCUAUGUACAGUACAAAUAAAUAAAAGCUUCUUUUUCUUUUUACCAGAGGUGAGAAGAGGCCAGAUUUGUUUUCAAUGUUAAGAGCAUGGAACAGGGGAAAAAGGAGAAAAUGGCAUUGUGUUGUGUAAAUUUUUUUUUUUUUUCUUUACAGAUUUUUUUUUUAAAUGCCAGGGCGCUGUCUGUUUCUCUGGAGGAAAUGAUGUGGCUUUCACGAUGUGUUCCACAAGGCACGGUCUUGGAAAGACAUUGAAGAAUUGUCUGUUGACAGCACUCUUCUCCCAUCACCUAUAUUACUACUACUACAGCCAGCCACCUAAAACCUGCCUUACUGUGUGCAUGGCAGGCUCGAAGGGCUGUGGGAGCUUCAGGUGUUGUGCCUUUAGAGUGGCCUUUGUAUCAUCGCUUGUCUUCUCAGUAACUGCACGAAGAUCUCAGUAUUGGUAUUAGUAGAAAGUGCCUUUGGGGCCCUUGGCCACAGUUACUAGCACCCACACAAAGGGAAACCUGACGCUUUAGAACUCUUCGUAUCACCGCUAAGGUAUUUCAUAAACAUUGUACAUAUGUAUAUAAUAAAGGAUCCGCUGUGUAUAUUUGAAUUUAGUAACUUAAGACAAUUCAUUUUUUAUUUUCUUUUUUACAAUGCCAUUCCUUUUAUUUAUGUGUAAUGACAAUGGCUGGUUUUAUAACAGUCCAAAAGAUAUACAGCAUCCUUCUUUACCUUAAAAUCAUCCAUAUAAUCAUUCAUUUUUGUUUGUUUUUGGUUGCUUUAUUUUUGUAAAGAAUUGAAACACUAAAUGGUUGUUUAAUGCGUGCCUCCGUGUUUGUUUUGCUUCUGUCAGUCCCCUAUCCUGCCUUUGCUGCUUGUCUUUGAGUUGACCUGUGAAAGUCCCAACAAAGGGUGAAGGCUCUAGCCUGACUAGCUUUGCUUUGUGACAACUAGAAUGUGUACCAGUGCAUUUCAUUUUUUUUCUUCUUCCUUUGAAGACCUAAUGAAGGGAACAAUUUUUUUUAUUUUUUUUUUUUUUCCUCUGAGCCAUUGUGUUAGUGCAGUUUCUGCACUGUGAUGGCAAGGUAUACCAACUAAAAAAAAAAAAAAUGGAUUACCUCAGUCACAAUGAAUAUAAUUUUCUAUUUUCUUUCUGAUGUUUAACAUUGCUUCACUUGGACAUGCGUCUUGUUUUAAUAUUUGGCAUGAUGCAAAAUAAAGGAAUUAAAAUGCUACCUGCAUCAGCUGGUAAACCGAAGUUAAAUUUGCCGAGGGGGAGAGGCAGGGUGGGGAAUGAGGAGUAGU